AUGACGGCGAUAUGCUUCGUCUGCAAUUUACCGAUACUAUCACACCAAGUUGGUUUGGUAUGGGCAGGAGGGAAUGGAUGGGACGAACUCACAAGAUCCAAUUUGGAAGAAUCUACCCUCAGACAGCGGCUUGGGAACCGCAGGGAUUCUGCAGCCCAAGUGUGUUGCUUAUCACCACCAGAGCCCGAUGUCUCAGAUCAACCCAGGGGUGGUCCCCGCCGUCGUCGUUCGUCGCUUGCUCAACUUACCGACAUACUCCGCGAAUGGGGUGGUGGGAGCAGCGCACCCAGACGUCAAAGAGCUCCCUUAUCCAGACGAGAGACAUUGGCAGACUUAGCUCGCUCCUUACCUUGGGCCCGACAUGAACCACCCCCUCGUCGUCGACGCGAAUCGUCAGCGGAUUCUGGAAUUAAAUCCUCAGUGUCUAAACGCCGGGAUUCCAGAGCUGUCCCUCAUGAUUUUAAAACAGAUUUUCCCAACAGCUUAGAUCGCAAAGAUUCUAUAGCUGUAAUGACAAACAGAGAACGCAGGGUUAAACGAAGAGGAUCUGGAGAUGGUAAAGAUCGGCGUGAUUCGGUCGAUGGUCACCGACAUCGACGUGAUUCCUUAGCGACUCCCCCACCGCGUAUAGUCGCCACUCACAAAAAGAGACGAGGUUCUCCACCGACACCGGGUCCGCCAUCUUUCGUAGAUGCAUCAUCCGAUCCUGGUCCAUCAACUCAUCCACCCUCUGUGACAGUAGUAACAGUGCACGAGCCAAGUCGCUCAGAUGGAGAAUGCCCACCAAUGACUAUGCCAACAAUUAUCACAUCAGCAGUUACACCUUCGCCAACUUCACCAACUGUACCCACAUCCAAUGCAACACAGACUACUCAAGCCACUCAGGCUACCCAGUCUGCACAGGGUACUCAAGUUACUCCUGGUGGAAAAACACCUCCACAAUUAGGUGGCAGGCGAGAUUCUACCACCCAAUGUGGUCGAGCUAGACGAGAUUCACGAGCUACGGCUAGUCCAGAACGAAGAUUAGGCAGAUUACAAAGACAAGCAACUGCUUUUGAUGACCCCACUGGUCCACCUGGAACCCGUCGCAGAGAUUCCGGACCUACUCUGGAACCGGAUGAUGCAGGCCGAGCCAGACGUGACUCGUUAAGUCCUGACUCAGCACGGCCAAAAAGGGAAAGAAACCAGUUGAGUCCUGAUCGCGCAGGGGGUGGUGAACUUAGCCCAUCAGCCGCUCGUCGAAGAAGUCGCCUAAGACGCCAAGCUUCAUGUGCCAGAGUUGGUCGAGCAAGAAGUCCUGAGUCGAGCUCGUGUUCAAGCCGAGAUCCAAGCCCUUGUGCACGACCUCCUGAGAGAACGAUGUUUAGAAGACAAUCGACCACGGAAGAGAUAUUGAUAGCACGUGGUUUUAGACGUCAAUCUACAACAGAAGAAAUGAUACGAUGUCGUAAUUUUCGAAGACAAAGCUCCCAGAGUGAUGACGCUUGUAUGCGUGCUCGUGGUCGCCGAGAUUCUUCAACACAAAUACUCGAUGGCACUAUUGGUACCAUGACGGUAGAAACUACGAGUACAUUCUUUGACUCCAGUACACAAACUGAGCCAUCCCCGUUGUACGACAACAACCAUUAUCACGAGGAAUGCCUUCGUUGCAACUCCUGCGGGUUGAAUCUCACCGGACCAAAUCAAAAACGUGCUCGCCGUUUCAAGAAUCAGAUUCUCUGCGAUUUGCACUUCGCGGACGUGGCGCUGAUGGAGUGCAGUGACUUCAUGCAACAGCUUCGCAGCUUCAAACCCCAGUCGCUUGGAUGUGCUGUCGCCAGGCGGAAGUCGUCGACUACCCUCAUAUUCCCUUUGCCUCCUCAAGCUUGCUCAGAUGAGUUCUGCGAAGAAUACCCUCACAAUCUGAUUCCAACACCGGGAUACUGGAUCGAGUGCUCGCGUCAGAAGAUUACCACAGACACGAUUUGGGAUGAAUCAGAAUCUGAACACGACAGUGGUCCAGAUAGAGAUGAUUCAGAUCGACGUAGGAGAUCGGGUUCCUUGGACGAAGCCGCAGAGGAUAGCAGCGAUAACGGUGGAAGUACGCCGAAGAAGAAAACAGCUAUCGAAGAACAAUGGGAAAGAGCUGGUGGCUUCGAACUUACAUCAGUUGAACAGGAAACUUACGAAAAAUACUUCUACGGCACUGAACAUUGGAACUAUUUCACCAAUGACGAAGACUUGGGCCCCGUUAUACUUUCAAUAAAGCAAGAAACUCUUAAUGCAAGAGACCAAUUCAGGAUUCUCGUCCGAGCGAUCAGCUAUACUGUACAUGGCCUAAUACCCGCAUCCUGUGUCUUCGCUGACCGCUACAAUCGCGAAGAAGUGGUCAGAUCUCUAGGCAAAGAGGUCAAUAUCAACCCACCUCUCAUGCUGGGACAACUGCCCGAUACCCCUGAGGAACUACUAAAAUUGGACCAAGUUUUUAUAAAAUCAGAACUGAAAGUUGGUGUGAUAUAUGUGAAGGAAAAUCAAUACACCGAAGAAGAAAUUUUGGACAAUAAUGAGAACUCACCACUUUUUGAAGAGUUCUUACAAGUUCUCGGCGAAAAAGUUCGUCUUAAAGGAUUCGACAAAUACAAAGGCGGGCUUGAUACCGUUCACGAUCUCACAGGAUUGUAUUCAGUUUACACAAACUGGAGGAGCAUUGAGAUCAUGUUUCACGUUUCAACUCUUCUGCCGUAUGAGAAACAUGACGCACAGAAAUUACAACGAAAACGUCACAUCGGAAAUGACAUUGUAUGUGUCGUAUUCUUAGAAGCCGAUAAUACAGCCUUUUCACCAGCCUGCAUAAAGAGUCAUUUCUUACACACAUUUAUUUUAGUGCGAGUGUCUGCUAAAAUUAAAAGGCGUCCCACUAGAUAUGAAGUGUCGGUCGUGACCCGAGACGAGGUGGGAGCUUACAAGCCCUACUUGUGGGAGCAAAGUGUGUUUGAUAAAGGACCUAUGUUCAGAGAAUGGUUACUUACUAAAAUUGUAAAUGGUGAGCGAGCUUCGUAUUCAGCACCUAAGUUUGCUCGAAUGCAGGAACGUACUCGAAGCCAAAUGUUAGAAGACAUAGUCGCCAAUUUGCAGAAUCACGCAGAAACUGGACAGAUCCCUAAGCCUUACCGACGAGGAUCUUGGCGUCCAAUUGGUCACAUGCGACCGUCAUCGCCAUUGUUAGACUCCGUUAGGGAUCAGUUCGAGGACUACGACCAACUGGCCAAAGAUUUCACAAGAGUUUUCCUCAACAGUGAACUAAAUGCUGCUCAAAAUGCACAACUUUUCGAUGUAGUAUUCAUGGUUGGGCAAUCUAAACAGAAAACGAAAUUUAUCGGUGUCCGUGCAAUACUAGGUGUGAGGAGCAGGGUAUUCCAAGAAAUGCUGUACGGCAUACAAACUGGUUUCGGCUCCCCUCAAGUGCCGGUAGCUGAACUGUUGGCUCGACCCGCACCCACGCUUCUGUCUCCCACGCCGCGACAAAAAAGUAGCAACUUCUUACAAGUACCUGACAUUGAAUCUCCAAGACCCAAAAGCGUUCCCAGUUCUCCUAUGGUUAAACGUGCUUUCUCCCGCCUCGGCACCAUAACAGCUGGAUGGGGUCGAUCUAUCAGGAAACAACAUUCUCAACUCAAUGUUGAUGAUAAGAAAAAAUGGGCUAGCUCACAAGACUGUUCAAAUAAAGAAAGUAAGGACAAAGACAAAGAAAAAAAUGCAGCUUUGGCAGUUCCACGUCUCUCAGUGUGUGCUGAUGCUCAAAAAGUAGACCGAGCAAAGCUUGCUCAAACUGAGUUCUCAAUAAUCGAAUUCGAUCCUGAGACCUUUCGGAUCUUGCUGGACUACUUACACACGGGUAGCUGUCCUCUCACUUGCGCCUCCAUACCGGGACUCAUCUGUGCUGCGGAACACUACGACCUGCCUGAACUUCUGCAGGCUUGCUUCCAUCACGCCAAGCAGUUCCUUAGGAUUGAAGUGGUCUGUACCAUGCUGAUCUCGUUGGAAAAUUACUACUGGCGUUACACAUCAGCUUCUGAGCUGGUCAAUAUGAUUCUGGCAUUUAUAGAACAACGGGCAUAUGCUCUUUUCCAAACUUCGGAGUUUCUUAACCUAUCCGAAUCGAUGGUACAGAUGAUAAUGUGCAGGAACCUGGAAGUACCAGAAGUUAGAAAAUUCGAAGCAAUGCUUAGUUGGGCUCGCAAUAAAAUCAAAUCAAGGUCUACGAACAAGACUGACGCCAAGAAUGAGUUCAAAUGUAUAAUGGAGCGAUUAGCUAGAGAUUUGAAAUUAUACAGGAUCUCACCCCAAGAAUUGAUAAAAGUGGUUCUUCCCUCAAAAGCAAUCAAAAAUGAACGUAUCCUCGAAACGUUGAUGUAUCAAGCCAACUCGGGAAUGUACAGAAUUCAGGACAGCUACAUCGAGGCUUGCCAGCAACGCCUACAGAAACAGGAUUCGAGAUUCUCCGAAUUUGAAAGUUUUGAUUACGGUAUAUAAACAUGGAGCUGUGAGGAUUAUCAGUGUAUUAGAUAAAUAUGAAGAGCGAUCAGUUUGGGUUCUUCUCGUUGUGGUAUGUAGACGCCUUCAAAGUAUUAUUGUUAUACAUAUACUUUAGUAGAGGUGCGAGAAUAAUUGUACACUUCUCGAAUACCUAUUCCUUGUUGUUGUUCAUUGAUGCCUAUAUAUUUUUUACAUUUAGACGUGUUCAUUAUAAUCAUCUCUAUUUUUGGUACCAAAAGUUUGAUCUAAAACGUAGCCUGGAGAGUUAAAAAAAAACUGGAUGUUCUAAAAUUGUUAAUAAUAUAUCUAACAAAAUUAUAAUCAAAACAAUCUUCUGUGAUCAAUACCUUGAAUAAAAUAGCCGUAUCGGAAAAUUAUUAAAAUAUUUACAAAUUACCUAAAUGAGUAAAAAUAUCCGCCCUAUUAUUUACUUUAUAGCGGAAUUCAUUUGCUCACUACACAACUUAGUCGUUGGAAAUAUCUUUGUGCUGUUUAUACUUCUAAUAUGUUAGUCCUCAAAACUAUCCAUGACACUGAAUAUCUUGUAGACUGGCACGCAAAAACGACUGAUUGCUGAUAAAUUGUAGAGGUAUUAUACUAACCGAUGUAAUCGAAUUCUAAAUGUUAGAAGCUAUUGUUACGCUUGUAACAAGUAUUUACUCAAAGAAAGUAAUUAAAAAAAAAUGUUUGUGUAGAAAAAAAUGUGUAGCGAUCCCAUGAAAGAGAUCAUGUUGUUUCGAAAUAACCGUUACAUAAUAUUUUCACUGUUAUAGAUUGUAUGUAAUGAUCUCUUCUUCUGUGAUUCCCAAAAUAUAUUUAAAAAAAAAUGUAUCGUUAUAUAACAUUAACUUACAUAUAUUUUAUUCUAUAAAAGAAGCUUUAAAUUCCAUUAAACCUUUGUGUGCCUACAUUGUAGUGUUACCUUGAAUGAAUGUCAAAAUCAAUGUAUAUAUCCAAUGUUACUUUUAGAUAUCUAUAAAAGGUGUUAUAAUAUAAAACAAAUAAAAAAUAAUAAAUGUCACUAAAGAUUGUAGCAGAUUAUAUGUGUGUUACAUGCUUCUAAAACCUAUUCUUUCUUGUAACGUAAGUGAAAACCCUAAAUAAAAAGAACCUUUUCUAUCGUAAAAUGUUACCUGGAAAUAUAUGUGUUGUUUAUGUCUCAUAAAAUAAUAAUGGAUGUAUAAAAUUUCUAUGAAUAUAUAUAACACAAUGUAUUUAAGAAUAUGUUCGAUACCGUAUCUGGUAUAAUAGGUGUUUCAUUCUAUAAUCCGUGGCUUAAAUGUAAGCAAAAAAAUAUUUGUGUAAAAACUUAUUAACUAUCUAACAAAUGUGUAUUUUUUUCAACUUUUUGUCAUGGAACUGUUUGAUAAGAAUAACAGAAUAACAAGUCCAUGUCAUUUUAGUUUAAGUUAUACGACAUACACACUGAAGUGGAAACUAGAAAAUUUUAUCAAUGGCUGAUUCCUUAAUUGUUAUUUAUGACUAGAUUGCUGAGUUAUAAUGUAUGUAUUAUUUGUAUUUUGAGUUAGGGUGUAUUUUUUAUUUUGUUACAUUCUUAGACAUGCCUCAUAGCCAAAUAGAAUCCGUAGACAUAAAGAUCAUAUAUGAGAAUGACGUAAGUAAUGUUAAUUCCCUGCAAUCCCAAAGAAACGACAGUACUUUCAGUCGCCCCAGUGUUUUUAUGGGCGGUUUUAAAAAAAUAUAUAUUUCCCCGCCAAACAAUCGGCUUGUUGUGUGAAAAAUUGUUCGUGCAUUUGACAUUGCAAGUAAGGUCUACUAUUUAUGUUGUUUAAAAAAUAUGAACCAAGUAGUAUAACCCUUCGCCCCAUUUCUCUGACACGUUUUCCCAGGUCAGACUGUACUGUGGAACAGUGCACAGACAAGUAACUUAAAAUAUUUGAAUAUAUAUCUUCUAUCAAGUUAAAUACGCUCCAACCAAAAGAGCAAAGCUCUGGGACAGGAAAGCUAAAAAAACAUUAAUUAAAUUGGGUCUAAUAAAUAUAAACUGAUAAAAAAUUUACUACUGUAAAAUUUCUGGUAACGUAAGAGUUGUAAAAAGUUGACUAUCUGUAAUUUUUAUACUUCCGAAUAUAUAUAUAUUUUUUUUUUUUUGUAAAUGUUUUUACGGCUCUGGAUACGAGUCCUUUUGAGCCUUAUCAUUACAAAUUCCGAAUAUAUAUACAAGAGUGUUGCUAUUGUAUUAUUACGACUUACGCAAUGUUGCUCAAAGCUUAACUAUUAGUCUCGGACAGAUCUAUAGAAUAUAGAGAACGUUUGAAGCACAAAAAAAUUUAAACAACCUAAUUAUAUUACAAUUACAUAUAUUCGUUUGGUUUAUAUACAUUUUAUUUAAUAGAAAAUAUUUUCUUUUAGCGCUCAUUGCACAAGAAUAAAGAGAUUAUAUUUAAAAUGUUGUAUACUUCUGUGUAAUAAAAAAUAAUUUUUAAACUUCUAAAUGUCGCGUGAAGCUUAAUACAGUCUCUAUGAGUAAUACUCAUGUUAGUAUAAAUAGGUUUUAAUUUGUAGUAACACCAAAUAUUUAAUGUGUCGGGUUCUUAAAUGGUUAAAUAAACUUUUCUAUUCCAAAGUUUUUACCUUCCUGUGGCCGUGGAUGUUGCUAUAAACUAUAUUAAUAUGGGAAUCUUCAAAGAAAAACCAAAUUAUUACUAAGUAUAUCUGUUAUUUUAUCUUGAGCAAGAUUAUUAUUUAAGAAAAUUUUAUGUGGUAAAUAAACUUUUUGUGUAA